AUGGUUUCAGCGCAAGAAGUUCUAGAAAUAAUACCCAAGUUUACCGGAGGACUGAGCUUCGUAUUCAGUCUUUCGACUGCAUCAUACAUCAUAUUCUUCAGUGAAGAUGCCAAGAGGGGGUUCUACAACAGACUGGUGGUUGGGAUGUGUUUUGCUGAUAUGCUGAGCAGUUUGGCUUGCUUCUUCAGCACAUGGCCGAUGCCAACCGAUUCAGAUGCAAUAUUCGCUGCUGGAAAUGAGACAACAUGUAGAGUUCAAGGAUUCUUCACCCAAUACGGCAUUGCCUCGCAACUAUACGUUGCUUCGAUUGGAGCAUUCUACCUACUGGCAAUCAAAUAUGGUUGGAAAGAGAGGCAUUUUACCAAGUGGGGUCCUCUGUUUCACUUGAUACCAGUUGGAUUCGGACUCGGUUCUUCCAUUACCGUGACAGCACUAGAUAUCAUUGGGCCAGCAAACCUUUGGUGUUGGAUCGCACCUCAAGAAGACAGGCCAGAGCUCGAUGUAAACCCGUAUCGAAUGGCUCUGUUCUACGCACCGCUAUGGGCGGCUAUGGUCUUUGUUGGAGUCAACUUGAUUUUCGUCUUUCUCUACGUCCACAGAGUGACAAAAGUAGCUGAAGGGCAUGUUACCAAAUGGAUGCCUGAAGAGACGGCUAAGGUAAUUUCCCAAGCCGCUGAAGUCAACAAUGGCAAAGACGAAAUCUACUGUGGACAAGACAUUAGCACCGAUAGCUCAUCACGAGAAGAUACUGAAAUUCACCAACCCCUCGAAGACAGUGCAAGAACAUCUCCGUCCGAGGAUGCAGAAAAUGGCGAAGUAGGAUUGUCCAGCAUUGUUCGAAACAAACAAGAAGAACAAAUCAAAAUGUACGCAAGAAGGCGACGGCAAAUCGCAUACCAGUGCUUACGAUUUGCCUUGGCGUUCUACAUCACCUGGACGCCACUAUCUUGCGUUCGGAUACUGCAGCUUUUCGAAAGACCCGUCCCACAUGGCUUGCUUGUCAUGUCAGCGGUCAUGACGCCACUGCAAGGUCUUCCGAACCUGCUUGCAUUUUUGUACCCAAUGAUGAGAAAGAAAUGGAGACGCCGGAAUCGUGCGCAGAAGGACAACCAAAAGAAUGGAAAGGAGGCGAUGGAAGAAUCGACACCUAAAGCCAAAGCAACAAGUCAGCCGCCCCCGAUCUGCUACAAGAAGAUCCGUGGAAUUCACGGAUCUUCAGCUUGGGGUAUCAGCAUGGGACAUCAGCACACGCAUGACUUUCAGCUGUCUUCCGAUAGUGACGAACAGAAUGAUAUCUAUACACGUCCUGAAUUAUACUUUAUGAGAAAGAAGUAG